AUGGGAACCUCCAGCAAAGGGAGUGAAUCGGUGAUCAAGCGACAGAAGAAAAAGUCCAUCGCAUGCCGGCGAUGUCAUACCCAUAAGAUUAAAUGCUCUGGUGGACAGCCUUGUGUUAAAUGUCGGCAAGCAGGCUGUCCUGCCGCAUGCAUUUACGUAAACCGCGAUCGGCAGAUCAGAGUACAUGAAAGCUAUCUCGAACAACUUGCAGCAGAGAAUGAGCGCCUACGAGAACAAGUCUCACAGUCACCAGGAUUUGGGACACCCGAUGUGCAAGGCACCCAAGACGUUGCACCCGACCCCGACAUUCACGUUCAUAACCCCAUGCUGGGGAAAUUGGCUUGGUUUCAACCAUACGACCCAUCAGCCCCACCAAUUCACGUCGCCGAAGCAGCAUGUACAGCGUUCGCUACCCGACUCCGUCAAGUUCUCACCAAGGAUAGCAACACAUCGCAUAUGACCCGAACCCAAUACACGUCUGAAACAAGUUUAAUGAAAUUACGAAACCCGGCACUUCAAUGGCCUAGUCUGGCUCAAGCUCGUCUCCUCAUCCAAGUUGUCUUUAACCAAGUGAGCAGGGUCUAUCACUUGGUGCUGCGUAAAUCCACGAUGGAUGAACUGGAAGACGCCUACCGGAAGAGCAAUUUCGACGAUCCAAUCCUGACUUGCAAAUUCUUUGCUUUGUUUGCCCUGGGAGAGGUCUACUCAGUGCGAUCGAACUCGAAUCUUGAGUGUGGUGUGCCUGGAGCUUCGUUCUAUGUGAAUGCAAUGAUGUUGAUUCCCAUUCUACCAGAGCGACCAAGCCUUGCUCACAUCGAGUCUCUUCUGCUGUUGUCAUUAUACUCCUACUUCCUGAAUAGGCGACACUCGGCAUUUUUCUUGAUUGGUAGUGCUAUGCGCGUGGCUUUAACUCUUGGACUCCACCACAAUAUCCCCGAAUACCAGUGCCCUGACCCAGUAGAUCGACAACAUCGCAUUCGACUGUGGUGGGCAAUCUACGUCUAUGAUCGCAUUUACAGUUCCAAAGCGGGCUGGCCAAAUCAACUUUCCGACAGUGACAUCGAUGUGGAGAUGCCAUCGACCGUCCCAGGUGGUGUCCAUGAUGAACAAUUCUCAGACACGGAAUUUCUAGUUGCUAGCAUCGAACUUGCGGGAAUCACAGGCCAGGUGACGGAUAAAGUAUACAGUCGCAAGAAGCAGCCCGAUUCGUUUCUGCAACGAGAACAGAAGCUGUUAAUAGCCCUCAAACAAUGGUCCCAGGCUUUACCGCCGCAUAUUCGACUGAGCCGGGAUGGGCCACUUCCUAAGAACGUGAUUUCUUUACAUCUUCAGUUUAAUCAGUGUAUUAUCUUGGCCACGCGACCGAUCCUACUUUAUACUCUCAUCCAAUCGAGAGACGGUCAUGACAAAAGUCCCGCCCCAUCCAACGCCCAAACUCUCAGAACUCUGGGUGACGCAUGCAUCCAUGCUGCAAGGAACAAUCACUCGCUCAUCGUAGAUGAGUGGGCUAAUGGAACGCUGCCGAUAUUCGGAUAUUUUUAUGCGCAUUACAUAUUUUCAUCUGCGCUUAUCAUGGUGGUAUCCAGCCAAAUCUACAGCGACCAUCGUAACGAUUUUUCCUUGUUUGAGACAGCCUACGAAAUUCUGCACGCAAUGAGCGACCAUGGGAAUUUAGCCGCCGCAGAAUUUUAUGAUAAUCUAGAAUGUGUGCGAAAAUGCCUUGAGAAGAAUGGAAGUCGCUCUAUACCCACCGACAAUGACUUUAUUCCCGACCUAGUCUCACGCUCGGACCUAUCAGGCCACCACGCCCUGCCCGACAUGGAGAAUCUGACUGAGAUGGACUUUUUAGGCGCCAGUAUGGAAGAAUUUCUGGCACAGCCUGAUGUCGAUUUUGGACCACUGGAUGCAUCGGGGUUGCCGGUCAAUGUGGCUGAUGCAAUGUGGCCAACAUUAUCCUUAUGGACAGCAUAA